AUGAUGAGCGAGAUGGACGGGCUGAUACCUGCCGUGGCCAACUUGAGUGUGCAAUCAUCCCUUCGGAGGAAGCCGGUGAGGCCUGCGUCGAGCAUCCCGCCGCCGCUGACUUUCUGUGCCGAGCUUGAGGGCUCGAUGCCAACGACUCCACGGCCUCAAGCUAGUGGUGAUUUCGAUCAGGGCCUGAUUCCGGUCGAGAGGGAACCGCCACCGGACCAUGAGGGGUUGAUACCUCUGCACGCUCCCCAUUCAGCAGCAGUUUCCCAUGCGGGCCCGCCAUCUACCGCCGUCGGUGGAGGUCUUCCCUCGCCGUCCCAGACUCCUGGUACUCCGGGUGUUGUAUACACACCUGCCGCCUACCCGUCAUGGCCUCCGUCAUACGCUUCCCACUAUCCUCAACCCGCUCCGUUGGUCUCACCCACACACAGUCUUCCCACUCCGCCAGUCUCCAGCACCACAUCACCCCCUCCCAUACCUGGUAUCCAUUCGUCAGGCCAGAAACUCGGGGACUUUGCCAGCUCGGUAUUCAGCAAAGAAACGGUCAAGUGGAGCAAGAAGACGGCAAGCCGCUUUGGCGGGGCCCUCAAAAACGCCGCCAUGAGUGCUCAUGACGCCGCGACAAAAGCCCAGGUGGCUGCGGUGCGGGCCGCUGAGCAGAGAAGACAGAGGCAGGCGGGCAUUGUGGUCCCCCGGCAGACGACAAGCCCACAGCCGCUGUACACACCACAGUACUGGGCUUCUUCACACCACCACGCACAGAACACGGCAUCCCACCAGCAGUCUGCUAUCCCUUUUGUGCCGCCAGCGCGCCAAGAUCAGAGCCAGAGCCAGAGCCAGAGCCAGAGCCCAGCCGCACUUGCUCCUGUCUCACAGGGCCAAACUCCGCACGUCUUUGCCUCCAACCAGACACCCUCUUCACCUCCACCACCGCUGGAAAAAUUUCACUAUCCUCAGAUAUCAGCUUCGCCCUUGUCUCUUCCCUCACACUCACAGCCGCACUACUCACUUCCCGGUCAUCACCUUCAACAACACCAGCAGCACCAGCAGUACCAGCAGCACCAGCAGCACCAGCAGCAACAUUACUUGCACCACCCCCAGCCUACGCCAACUGUUGCUUCGGUAGGGGGAUCAGGUGGAGGAGGCUCAUUUCUUCCGCCGCCUGCUCCCACCGGCCCCUCAGCUGGUUCAUGGCAGCAGAUCACAACCGCCGACCCUACCACACUGAAUAAAGGCAUCAACGCGCCCGGGUCUGGGGGAGGUAACAGCUCCACCCUCAAGACUGUCGGGACGGGCAUGGCAGCGUUGGCUGCCGUGGGGGGGCUCACGAGACUGCUGAUCGCCGCCAGCACGGGAGAGGACGUGGGCGAGAUGGAUUUUGGUAGCGGGGGUUGUGAGGAAGCCGUUGUUUCCCCAGACUCUGGAGAAAGCUGUGAAGCCCCGGGAGAACAAGGCGAUGGGGCAGGUUACCCAGACACUUAUGGCGACGCUUCCCACACCCUGACAAGCUCUUAUGCCGAUCAUCAGGAGGCUUUGCAGGCCAAUAAUUUUGCCAACAUGAUCAAUGCCCAGGCAAACGCCAAUGCUCUGUCGUACGUCUCGGACACCACGACGACGUACGGCAUGAGCUCGAGCAGCAACCUGGUCAGCGAUCCUUACGGAUAUUCGCACUAUAUCUAUACCCCGGACCCAGCGAGCUGUAUUUGA